GCUAAAAACAGUAAUACAGAGAAGUGAGAACAUAAGCCCAAGAGUUAGAACUUUUGACUGGAACGAGCAAAUGAAAUCAUAGAAUUCCCUCUCCCUUCCCACCUUCAGAAAACGCCCUCCUUCUCAUCAGCAAUGGAUUAGAUGUAACUAAAAGUUUGCAUUUUUCUUGGCUUCGAGCUUCUUGGCCUAACGGGUCUCGCUUUUUGAGUCUACAGAAUCUAGAACUCCUAGAGAGAUAGAAGGAAUCGCCAGGAUUUCACUCGACAUGGAAGAAUCAAGUGGAGUCCACUCUGAAGAGUAUAAAGUUUCUUCGGAGAAAGAUAAGAAAAGAAGGCUCAAGACACCUGCCCAGGUUAUGGCUUUGGAAAAAUUUUAUAAUGAGCACAAGUAUCCUACAGAAGAAAUGAAGUCCCAGCUUGCAGAGCAGAUAGGAUUGACAGAAAAGCAAAUAUCUGGAUGGUUUUGCCACAGGAGGUUAAAAGACAAAAAAUCUUUGAGAGAUGAAGCUUGUCCUAGUGGACGACAAGAUCAUUCAAGUGGUGUUGUUCAGGAUCGCGGCAGCGGGCUUGGACAGGAUUCAUGUGGCAGCACAAAACAUGGUGAUUACAGGAACGUUGAUCCUAGGGAAGUUGAAAGUCGAAGGCUCUAUCGCAAUGAUUAUCGGGCUGCAGGUUUCACCUACGAGCAUAGGAGUCAUUAUACAGGAACUGCUAGUUGCACAGACAAUACAUCUUCAGAAAGUAGCUCAUCUUCACAAGACAGGUUGUUUUCCCAAGCUGAGGAUCCAGAUGACAGGGAAAAUUUUAGAUAUCUAACACACAAUGGCAUCAUUACACCUAUAAAUACAAAUAGUGCAAAAAUCAAGGGAUAUAAGCCAUCAGGAUACUUAAAAGUGAAGGGUGAAAUUGAAAAUGCUGCUAUCACUGCUGUUAAGAUGCAAUUGGGGGUUCGUUAUCGAGAGGAUGGUCCACCACUUGGUGUGGAAUUUCACCCAGUUCCUCCUGGUGCAUUUGAGUCUCCAAUUCGGAAUCCAGUUUGUGAACCAUCCUAUGUUGGGAAUUCUGCUCUUUCCCAUUCUCCUGAUAUUUCUGGACUGGAAAGGCAACCUAGUCUCAGCAAUAGGUAUGAGGUGUAUAAUUCCAAGUUGAGUUCUCCGGAUUUAUGUGUGGAAGGGGGGGCAUAUUGUAGUAGUAUGCAUGGCUCUGAUUAUCAGGAUGAGAUAUCUCAGCACCAAUUAAAACAGAAUUCAACUGUUCUCAACCAUACCAAACCUUUCUCUAAGCAGAACUCUUUUACGGAUUUGUAUGAAGAUUCUCCCAGAGAAAAAAUUGCUUACAAUAGCAAGAGGAAACAAAGAAUGAGUGGCAACUGUGGUGCUGAAGGGUUGGGGAUUGACUCUGUUGCUAACGGCCAUGGUCACUAUGAUGGGAAAAUUGGAAGCAAGUUGCAUGAUUAUGAUGAUGUCAGCACCAACAUCAUCAAAAGGAAUGAAACUUUUGAAUUGAAGCCUUCAAUUCUAAUACGCAACCUCUGCAAGUCUGCUGAUAAAGAAGAGAGAGGGCCAUCUACGAGGAUGAAAAAGAAGAAGAAAGUCAAUGAAAAAUGGAAGGGUAUAGAAGAAUACAGCAACCAAGUUAAAUUAAUAAAGCAUCCAUCAAAUGAAAUGACAUAUGUAUGUACAUGCAGGGGUGUGUGACUUGCAGUGUUUUGCCUUGCUAUUGAUGCCCACUUUAAUAUUGAAGGUUGAAAAACGAGUCAGACCUGAUCUUCCUAAGCCAGACUAUGUGAAAAGAGCAUCAUUAACUGGAAUGCCGACAUGGAAAUAUCAGUGCAAAGGGUUGGUAUAAAUUUUUGCUUAUUAUUGUUCUCUCUCUCUCUCUCUCUCUCUCGUGAUAAGACUUGAACCAGUAGCCCAUUGCAUCCUAUCCCUUGUUUCUUGAGCCAAAGCCAAGUGGCAUGUGAACUUGUACAUACCUCUACCUCUAUAUCAACUCAUGCCCUAGCUUUUACCAAAAAAAAUCAGUGCCUUGAUUUGAAAAUUUUUGGUGUUUUCUUUGGCUAUUGAUAUAAUGUAUCAAUGUCUUGGAAUAAUUUCUAUACCCCAUUUUAAAGAAAAUAAAAAACUCCGAUCUCUUAUUCUAUUACAGCAGUAAUUUAGUUUUGAAUUCAAUGUGUAGAUAUGGUUAAUGGGAAGAUAUUCUUUUUUUACAAUCCUAUAUCACUGAAUCAGAUGGGGUAUUUAUGAUGGUUCUUGUUUUACUUUCUUGGUGCGCAAUUACAUCAGUGCUAUCAUAAUUUAUACAAAUCAAAGGUCUUUUUUUUUUUUUUUUCUUUUUUUUUGUGGUUUGAAAGGGUGGGGGCAGAGCGGCGUGAGGUAGAGAAUGGUAUUACCUUUGAAUGACAGGACUUAACUGCAACCAUAAUAUUGGUAAUUUAAAGUCCUAAACCUGUCAAAUUGGGGCAAGUUUGAAUGUGGAAUCUUACUCUACUAUUUGAAGUCUCUCUAAAGUGCCAAUGUUCUUGUAAUAUCUGUCAUAAAUAGUCUACUCGCUAGGCUCUGACUUGAAAAUUUUGAGAGGCAUAUCCUAGUAUUUUAUCACAUUAUGUUUGUUCGUUUCACUAGAGAAUGAAAUCCUGAAAAUGGAAGGUGUUGGCUCUUUUAGGUAAGGCAUCUUUGUGAUUUGGAUGCUGACUUGCCACUUAAUGGAAGCUUUUGCCCGGCUACAUGACUGAAAAUUGAACACCUACAGAGUGGCUUUUUUUUUUUUUUUUUUCAAGUGAAUUUCUUUUCUUCCUUAUUCAUUAUCUGUUGCCCUUUUAGGGAAUUGAAGGGCACAUUGUAUAUAGUCUUUACACGCUUCUUUCCUUUUAAUUUUUAAUUUUGGGGCUCCAUAGCUAAUUAUUUUUGGACUGCACUGCAAAUAUCUACUAGAUCUGUCAUGGGGAUUCCAACUAGCUUCAGCGCGGAUGAAACUGCAGAAACCAGCUCUUCUUUGUAAGGUUUAAUGUUCUCAAAGCGAAGGGCAUGUACAGUCCAAUGGAGAGUCACUUCUCUGGAGCAUUAUCUUCAUGAGCAACAAAGUUUCCACUGGUUACCAAUAUCUUCUGCACUUGCAGUGCUCCCCAGUUUAUGUGUAGAAUAAGUUCUUUAUUUUCUAUUGGAUUUUACUGCUGUAUGGAGGAAAACGUUGCAAACCAACACGCUUGACUGUUAGAAUCAUCUGCCUGGAUCUUCUAACUAUCAAAGUAUGCAAAACAAUGUUCAUGAAUUUAUCACUGUUUCGGGUCAAGCAAACAAUGACAGUGCUUCUGCCUGUGGAUUUUCCAUGCUUCGAUUUAUUAAUCAGAAGAAUUAGUUUAUUUCA